CUAUCUGUCUGGACAGAUAAACGCCUGUUAUGUAUUCAUAAUUCAACAACAAAACAUGAGAGCGACUCUAUCUCGACAGAGCCAGUACUACACGUUCCUGUGUCUCUUCCUAUGCUGCCGUCUAUCACAGGUGGUGGGGUGUGGUCAUGACUACGAAUGUCCGUACGGCCAAUGUUGUGCCUUUAGACUGUACUUAGUAGGUCACUGCACAGAUCUCUCGACGGUGGACCAAACAUGUGGAACAUCUGUUGUGGGGAUCUGUGGCUGCGCCAGCGGUCUGACUUGCGCUCCAAAAGAAGGAUUCCUGAGCACAUUCACCCUGGGUGAAGGUCACUGUAAGCCGCGGAACAAUAGUUCCUUAUCUGCAUCUACAACGAAGCAACCCUCAGGAAUUUUCAGUCUCUUUGGUUGACGCGUAUAUUUCCUUUCCUAAACAUGAGUUUUCAUUGUGAAACAUUUUGACCAAUAAAAUUGAUAGAGAAAUGCA